AUGUUUCUCACCAAUGGCAUAGUACAGCUCCUCGAUAUUCGAAAAUCUUCACUCUUAGAUCUAAAAUCAGAAAUCAUCUCCGGACUUACUGGCCGCGGGGUAAUAAGAACAAUGCCUUCGCUACUCCUCUGGGACGACGAAGGCUUGGAGAACUUCUACAGCUGGGCCAAAAGCCCCGACUACUAUCCCAGUCAACGGGAGAUGGAGAUCCUCAGAACUCAGGGCCUCGAUAUCGUACGCAAGCUGCCAAAGAGACUGGUUCUGAUUGAACUAGGCUGCGGAAGCCUUACCAAGACCGUAUCGAUCCUAGAGAACCUGGAAAAGGAGGGGCACGAAGUGUCCUACUUUGCCCUGGAUGUUUCAGAAGAAGCGCUACGCCAGAACUUAGGUGCAAUGAGUGAGCGAUUCAAAAGUUGCGGCAAAAUCAGUAUCUCGGGCUUCAUUGGUACAUAUGAGGACUGCGUGGAAUGGCUGACCACAUCUGCUAAUCUACCUGUAUCCACUGUCACAUUCCUCUGGGUUGGAAAUAGUAUUGCGAAUCUCAGCAAAACCGAGGCGAGUGCCCUAAUGAGUCGGUUCCGCGAAGCGUGUUGCAAGAUAUCUAUUGAUUGCAGUUUUUUGGUCACUGCGGAUUGCUGCACUGCUGAAGAUAGGUUGGUCAAGGCAUAUGACCCAGAUGUAAGCAGCGCGCGCACGUUCCUCUAUCACGGCUUGCAUCAUGCCAACCGGUUGAUGGGUGAAAAUAUAUUCGAGGCAAACCACUGGAAAUGUAUCAUGAAGUACGAGCAGAAGGAGAACGAGCUUCUUUUUAGCUACGUGGCAAAACAGGACGUCGAGGUGGACGUUCAUCAGUUGCACGUGACUGUCAAGAAGGGUGAGGAGAUACAUUACUUUUUGAGUGGGAAGUGGAGUCAGGCGCAGAUGCGAGUUAUUGCAGAGAAUGCCGGGUUUGAAGUUCGUAAAACUUGGACAGAUGCCCAGAAUGAAUACUGUUAG